AUGGGGCGCUUUCAAAACCCCUUGAUUAAGAAGUUGAGGGAGCCUCCGAUCCUCUUUCGUGUGCAACGGUUAAGACUUGUGCCCGUUGAUGAAUCAUCAAUCCAUUCAACUAUCAUGUUAGCCGAGAAGACAAACUUGAGAGUAUAUAAGGCUUCUUCUGCUCUACUUGAUGCUGGAUAUCUUACACACAGACUUAUUGAAGUAGUUCAACACAUUGUUGUACGCAAAAUAGAUUGUGGCACUACCCGAGGGAUUUUUGUGAGUCUUACAAAUAAAUGGGACACUGCCGGAAAGAGUUCGCUUAAGAUUGAUAUAUGGAGAUGCCCGUCUUGA